ACAUAUUUAACGGGACAACAUUUAGCCAUCCGAAAUAUAAUAGUAAAACUUAUGGAUACUGAUCUUCUCGCCAAGCAAAGUGAAUGGAAAAAAGGGAUAAAAGAUAUAAGGGAUAUUAUAGAAAAGGUGGAGGCAAAUGGCUACAAAAACACCGACAUGUGGCGCUCGCACUGGGAUUUUCAGUUGUAUAAAACUCUUGAAUUUCAAUACAUCAAGACGCUACUAGCUCUACACAAGCACUUCCCUAAAGUACGAGUUGAUAUGGUUUUGCGUGAUCGAACAGUCCGCCUGCAGCCUCCGUUAGAAGAAAUACGCGUGCAACACUACAGUCAGCUGCGCCGGCUGGUGUCGCUGCCCAAUCACUUCGUGGGUCUGCGAGCCAAUAUAGCCGACGAGAAAUCUAUCUUUGCAUCCAUCGUCGAAAAGCACGGCUGGCUCGGCAACCGCGCCGUGCGCGAGCUGGAGGCGGCGCUGCGGGCGGCGCGCGGCGCGUGCGCGCGGUGGGCGCGGCGCGCGGCGCUGGCGUGCGUGCGCGACCUGGACGCGCUCUGCGCGCGCCGUCUGCGCCGCGUCGCCGACUGGGAGGACAACUUCAAGGCCUGCAAGGCGCUCGGCCAGGCGGUGGCCAAGAUGACUUUUGACGACGAAAAAAUAGAAUGGAUAACUAUCGGAACGGUCACGUUGCGUCGCGAGUUUGAAGCUCAAACGCGCAACCUGUGGGCCUGUCUCAUGUCGUCCCUGCAAGCGAGCUGUCGCGACGACGCUGUCGCGUUAGAGUCUUUUAUGGCCAACGCUACUGUCAUGCUAGAAAACAAGGAAUUGCCUAAGAACGCUAAAGAUUUAGCUGAAAUAAGUUCCAAGCAACAGGCGCUACAGGAGCAGAUGCCUGAGAUGGAGAAAACAGUUGAGGAUCUAAAAAGAAAAGGAUACUUGCUUCGGACCUGGGGUGGAGAUUCAUCGAUCGAUAACACAAUACAAGAUUGGGAAAAAUUGCGCGAACAAAUUCUUAGUCAACGAGAAAUGUUCAACCAUCAGGCCGAAAUAGUGAAGAGCAACCUAAAGGGGUCCUGGGAGAACCUGCACGGCGAAGUGGAGGCGUGGGUGUCGCGCUGCGGCCGCCUCGAGCGCGCGCACGCCGGCAUGCGGCAGCGCGCGCGCGACGCCCUGCGCGCCGCCGCCGACGCGCAGCGCCUGCUGGCCGCGCGCGCGCAGCUCGCGACCGAGUGUGACAAGUUUAAUAUGAAACUGGAAAUUUCGGACACGUGGAGGGAAGCGGAGAGACUCAUGAAUGAUCUCUUAAGCCUUUGGACCGUGCUGAAAGAAUAUGAUGAUGAGUUUGAAGAGCUAGCUGGUCAAGAAUGGAUAAUUUUUCAAAAGAAACUUCACGUUCUCGACGAUUUCGUAGCCAAGUGGAACAGUCAAUUGGAACCGUAUACCAACGUCACCUUAUACAUAAAACAAGAACUUGAAAAUUAUUGCGACCUUACAACAGCGUUAAAGUACCUACGUGGCUCAGAUUUUACCGAGAAUCAUUGGCGAGAAGUAUUUAGUCUUAUAGAACUGGAAUACAUCAAACCGGAAACGCUAUUAGUAAAAGAUUUGUUGAAAGUUGGACCCAAUAUCAAGACACAGAUGAAGACGUUGCAGAAAAUAAGCGCAGCGGCGUCGAGCGAGGCCACCAUCAGAUGCGCGCUCAACGAGCUGGAGCUGUGGUUCGCGGGCGCCAGGCUCGCGCUCGUGCAGCGCGCGGACAAGGCGCAGAGGCGAAUCAGCAUCGUCACCAAUUACAAGGAGAUGAUGUCUAAGGUCGAGGAGCAGCAGUGGGUGGUGUCGUCGGCCGGCGCGGCGGGCGCGUCGGGCGGCGCGUGGGAGGCGCGCCUCGGCGCCGCGCACCGCCUCGCGCGCGCCGCGCACCACGCGCAGCGCAGAAACAUACAACCACCUAAAUUAUACGGACUACCCAAAAUACAUAAGCCAAAUAUCCCGCUGAGGCCGAUAGUAAGUCAGAUUGACUCGCCCACCUAUGAAUUGGCAAAACAUGUAUCUAAAGUACUACAACCGUUAGCAGGCCAGACAAAAUCUCAUGUCAAGGACUCCAGACGAUUUGUUGACAUCUUGCGUUCGACUACGGUUGACCCUGACGACUUGAUGGUCAGUUUUGACGUCGAGUCAUUAUUCACGAAUGUGCCGGUCUCUGAAUGUAUGGAUGUUAUAAAGGUGAAAUUACAGCUAAAUAACAUACCGGCUGAAUAUAUAAAAUUGCUACACCAUUGCCUAGAGACCAGUUACUUUGUUUACCAAGGCGAGUACUACCUGCAGAUAGAUGGUGUGGCAAUGGGGAGUCCAGUCGCUCCUCUAGUCGCCAACAUCUGGAUGGAACAUUUCGAGGAGAUAGCCAUGUCAACGGCAAAGGCUGUAACUACUAUUAAACUGUGGAAGAGGUAUGUAGAUGACGUAUUUGCCAUCAUAAAGGGGGACAGUGAUAGUGCAACGAAUUGCUUAAAUCAUUUGAACAGCAUCCACAGCAAAAUUAAAUUCACCUGUGAAAUGGAGAAGAACAGAAAAAUGGCAUUCCUUGAUGUUGAAAUUGGAGUACGUAUGGACGGCACUGUGAGCCAUACUGUCUACAGGAAAACAACGCAUACCGACCGAUAUCUUCAUGCUAACUCACACCACCAUCCUCGACACUUAAACGCUGUAGUAGCAUCUUUGACCAAUCGCGCAUAUGACCUUUGUGAUGAAGACCACCUACAAUCUGAGCUAGCACACGUUGAAAAGGUCCUACAGCGGAAUGGAUAUAAAGUGGGAAACACAGCUACACGGGAUCAUAAGUUACUGCGACAGUACAGGGUUGAAAGACAACCAGCAUUUAUGCCAUAUGUUAAAGGAGUGACAGAUAAGAUAGCUAGAGUCCUGGGCAAAUAUGCGAUGAAGACUAUCUUCACUCCUUUCAAGAAGAUAGGACAAAUGUUGCGUUCACCUAAAGAUAGCUUUCCCCUGGAAAAAACCCGGAGUUUACAAAAUCGACUGUAG